CCUCACCCUUUACCUCAGCUGAGUACAGCGAAGCAACACUCUCCACUCAAGCCUUACUUUCAACCACACGACAUGGCUAACAUUAGAGUUUUGGCGAUUUUUCUGCUGAUCGCUUUAAGCACGGCCGAGAGAAUGGCCCCCAAAGUAGGCUUUGCAAAAUGGAAAGCGCUGAGGGAAUUAAAGAGAAACACAGUUCUCAAUGCACCACCCUUAUGCAACAAAGCUAUUGACAUUGGAAUCACGAUGGAGAGAAGGACAGAAGAUGAGUGGGGAUUGGAAAAGAAGUUUGCAGAGGCACUCAUCAAUAAGUUCCCUGUCAAUCACGAUAUGACCCACAUUGGUGUCAUUGGGUUCGAUCAGCGCACUCAGUUACUUUUCGAUUUCAACAAACUGUUGUUAAGUGCCACAUACAAGGAAGACAUGUUAAAACUGAUCGAGUCCUGGGGCCCUGGUAAUUCGAAUGAUACGACUCGUGACAAAGUCAUAGAUCGAGCGCUGGAACUUGCGGGUGAAAAAUUGUUUACUGAAGCUGGUGGAGCCAGAGGAUACGAUCAGGUUCUUGUGCUUUUGACAGACGGCAAGCAAGUGAGUCAAAGUGUUCCAUCUCCUGAUAGUCCCGCAGCGCCAGUCGCCCGUAGACUUGAACUGCAAGGAGUACAAAUUAUUGUGGUUGGUAUCGGCUUUCCAGAUCCUAUAGAGCUUUUGGAAAUUGCUGGUGCUGGUGUGGAUAAUAUGGAAAAGUACAACAACAUAUUUUACCUGAGGGAUGAAAGCAUUAUUCAGUCCGAGGUAGAGAAAGUGGCAAAACGCAUAUGUGAGAUGACCGCAUCAGACAUACAUUCAGUUUAAACCAUUUACUGUUAACAGUCUUGUAGCAGUGACAUGUUUUUUGAUUUAGUCGCUGAAGAAUCAAAACUAAUUUUGCAGCUAGUCAGCGAUACGUAGAACUGAAGAUUUCUUUUAGUUUUGAAAAGUUUGCUUUGAUGUUCUCGUUAUUAUUAAUCAAAUAGCUCUCUGAUAUUCUCAUCACGUAAAGGUCGUAUCAAUCACAUUUAUGUUGUAAGAAAAAAAGUUCACUGCAGACAGUUAAACAGACGCCCUAUCUUGUAUUAACAGUUUAACUUCAUAAAAUUGGCAAAUAAAUUG